GGUUAAUGUGGAGGGCAAGUAUUUUCAGAAUUUUUAUAUUUUAAUUUAGUCAGAUUGCUAUAAUUUGGUUAGGUAUUAACGUAUAUUUUUCAUCAGAUACCAAUGUAUCAGUCAAGUUAAUUAAUCCCAGCCAUGUUGUUUAUUUAGGCUAACAAUCAAUGUUUAAAUUAUAUAACAAUUAGAGAGUUGAAGUUCAUAUGAGUGCAGGGAAGGAUAUAGAAGAAAAAAGUUGGGAAAAGCCAUUGUUUAAAUAUGGCUUGAUCGUAUAUUGAGUUCCACGAAAAUGUGUUGUAACUUCAGAAAAUGGUCUUAAUAUAUCAAGAGUGGCAAUUGAUAAUAAUCCUGUGAAGUUUGGCCACAAAUUGAAGUAUCAGUUGUUUUAAUCAGGUUUGAUUUAGCUGAGUUUUGGCCAUUCUCAGUAUUUGCAAUGCCUCAGGCUUGAUUUGGUUCAAGAAGAAUUUAGUUGAAUCGUUCAGUGAAAGCUAUGGCGAGAUGGGGUACCUGGGAGUUCGACCCAAAACUCAGUGGCAAGUUAGAAGAGCUGGCCACUAUUCCAGGGAACUGCCCGGAAAACAGUGAAUGGUAUCUCCUGUUCAGCUCUGCACAUCUGUUCACAGGUUCACAGCAGGAAGGAGACCAGCAGGAGCUUUGUGACGGCGACAAAGUCAGGCUGACACAAUUCAUCUCACACUCGACACAGCAACCUCUUCUUGCUGAAGAUCAGGCCGACAGUCCGACCAGCGAUCUCGUCGAGAAUGUCUCUGAGAUGUCAGCGGAGUGGCUCGGCUCGCUGACGGACCGCCAGGCGGAGCUGACAUUCUUGCGGCUGCCGGACGAGAGCGCAGAGUGUGCCAUCUCGGCUGUCUGCGAGACCGGCCACGCGAUGCUCGCAACCUUGCUCUGUACCAAGUUCCUCCUGCCUUAUAUGCAGAGGAACCCUAACAUAGAUGACACCAUCGUGGGUGACUUGCAACGUUUCGCUGCAAGUUUUCCUAGCAUUGCAUGCGCAAAUCUUUUUGUGCCUCUCAUGACCGGCCCGGAGUUCGACACUGUUUCCCUCCAAGCAGUUGUGAAGUCAUUCUCGCCCCAGAUGAUGUCUACGUUUUUAAGCUGCUUCCUGGAGCGAGUGGCCAGGGGCGGAUCACUCCACGAGUGGCAGCUCCCCGUGUUGUGCCUCGCCUCACACCUGUUUGGCCAGCCGGCGUUUGCACGGCCCGUGGUCCGUUUGCUGGCGACAGGCCGCGGCCCACUCGCGGGGAGCACAGCGUACGGCCAGCUGGUGACCAAAGCGGCAGGCGCUCUGGGGGCCGACGCCCCGCCCGAGGUUGUCGCGGAGAUGGUGGAGACGGUGGAGAGCCUUGAGACCGUAUACCGGAGCCUGGCCAUGUUUGCCUUGAAGGACACCUUCCCCUUGAGCCAGGAGUAGCUGAUGCAGAGACACUCGUGAAACCAUUGUCCAAUGUCAACACUUUCACAACGUUACAAAUUUCAAGCAUGAUAAUAAUUUCUGGCGUUAGCAUUUCCAUGAUGAGUCUUGACUUCAUUUUUACAGUUCUGUCUUUCAACUCAACUUGAUCUUUCCAUUUUGAUAACUUAUUUAUUUUGUAGCGACAGUUAUACAAAUUUUCAGUUGGAAUGGCAUCUACUGUUGAGUCAGCUAGUGUUAAUAUUGAAAUUACAUAUUUAAUGUAUUUAAUAAUUUCGGUUUCUCUAGCCUACCUCUCUCAGUUUUAAGAAUUGUAUCAAAAAGCUUGUGUCUGAAGAUCAAGGUAAAUUUUGUCAAAAGUAUGUUAAAUACUAUCAUCUUGACUAGACCUUGUAAUAAAGUGUAAACAAAAUCAAAUGUACGUUUUAUAUUUGUGUGUAAUGUUUGCGACGACGGUGACAAUACACUUUGACAUGCACAAAAUCACACUUAAUAGAAAAAACCUAACUUAAACUAAUUUAUUUUAAACUACAGAUGGAAUUUGUUAUUACUCUCAAUUUCAAAGCAUCUAACAAUUCUUUCACUUGAGUGAAUUAUCUUUACUAUCAAAUGUUAAUUAUUUUGAUGUCCUUUAUUUUAACUAACUUCAGUCCGGUAGAGCUUGGACUACAGGGUACGAAACUUGCAGUACCAGUCAACCAAAAUAGCAAUACGUUAUUCCAAUAUCAAAUUCCAUCUAUACUAGCUAAUACUAUCUAGCUCGGGAUCGCGAUUCCGGAAUUUGAUUUGUAAAUCUAAAGAUGAACAAGUUAAUCGGUUUCCUUUACAAAGAAUAUUCAAUAUAAUAUAACAGAUUCUAGUUCUGGGAAAAAUGUUUGUCUUUCUUAAAUUGUAAUUAGCUCGGGUACUUCUAUAUUCAGCGAGUCUUCGGGUGAUGGGGUAAGGGACCAAACCUUGCUGCAGGAUACCCAAGAGACGUGUAGGUUCUCGGAGACUCCUUAGUUCGACUCAUCCAGGACUGCGAUAUUGGUGUUGCUCCUCCGUCCUCUAGCGUGCGGCAGGAAUACGCGAUGUCACGACUCCAUCCUUCAGACUAUGGGCGGCGACUGGGCUGGACUGCGCGACGUUCAUCCUUCCCGGGCUCGAACUGCGACUUUUCAAUCUUCAAACAGGAUUCUUCUUUCUUCGGAAUUAUAAACGGCAUUUAAUCUUCGUAGUUUUCAAAGCAAAUUAGUCAUUUGGCUAUCUCUUGGACACUGAUUUUUUGUCGACUUCUCUUCUUAAGUAAUUAUUUAAAAUCUUGAUGUCUGAGUAUUAUCUUAGUCGAUUAAAAUUAUUAUUUUCUUCAAACUCAGUUAAUAUUGGCAUUAAUAACCAUUUCCAAUCUUCUAUAAAUAUUCAAUUAUAAAUCAAUGUCAAAAUCGUUGCAUUCUAGCUGUUGUCUUAAUCAAGUCUCAAUUCGUUCUAAAAGAAUUUUUUCCCCGUCACUAGUAAACGAUUUUCUUUAGUUUGUUGUUAAAACAAAAACUAGUAAAGUUACUAACCAUUACUGAUGUGUUCAUCUUUAAAUUAAUAGUUGUUUCAAAAAAUACUGCUAUGCUAGCCUUCACAAUAUUUGAAAUAAAAAAAUAACAUAGAGUAAUACAUAGACAAAACGAUAACCAAAUAAAUUUAGUCUGAAUUAAUCAUAGAGCCCAAAUAUAAACAUACGGAAUAAAAUGUAAUUAAACAAAAUAAAUACUAAAGGAAAUUAAAUAUUUACUUUCUAUAAAGUGUAAAUAUUGCCUUUAUACUACAUAGUUCUAAAUUUCUUGCAUUUCUUGAUGUGUAAUUCAAAAGUUGUUGUUGCAUUGGAAUUUGUUAACAUAUUUAAUUGAAAUGAAUUGAACACAUACAAGCUGAAACUAAAUCAUAAGACCGCUUAUUAAAUAUGUUUACCGUAGAAACAUAUUUUAAACACAUAGUAAAAUUUCCUCUGAUAGAUGAAGUACUGGUUGCAUUAUGUAAAAAUUUGGCUUAUAAUAUAUAUUAAUUUAGAUUAAAAACAGACGGUAAAAUUUGUAUUGCUACGUAUUAUUAAAACAAUAAUCGUCGUGCGAAAACUACUGGGUUCGUAAAUGGAUAGCCCAAUUAAAGAUAUUACUACACCGUUUUAUUAAAUUCCAAUAUUUACAUCACUAACAAAUAAUCUUCUAAAAAUGCCUAAUAAUCAAUUACACCUAAAGAAAUGUUUAUUCCCCAGUCACUCUGUUUUUACACACCGCACACCUCGCUGGGCCGCACCUCUGGCACAACUCUCGCCGCAGCACUCCUCGUGGACCUCCGUCGCCACCGUCGCACUUCCCUUCACCGAGAUCCACUUGACACUUCGCUCAAAACUUCGCUCGGGACUCUUGCCGCACCUGUGGCACUCUCACCACCCAACUAUCGCCGAGAAACUCGCUCAGGAACUCCGCCGCACCUGCGGCACUAUCGCCCGGUCUAUCGCAUCGGAACUGAACUCAACUAAACUCUCUGAGGCCGGCGUCCUGGGCUUAUAUAGGCCCAGGCGCCACUUCUAGAAAUCGUGAGCGCGGCUGGGGCCAGUCGCGUAAUUCCGCGCCGACCCGACGCCAGAUUUAUCAAGAAAGGCGUCUGGAGCUCGCACGACCGCAGGCAGAAUUCCACUGCUGCCAGGUGUCGGGUAACGACACUGAGAUAGAGCGCAGUGCGGAUAGCGGAGGGGAGCUGAUGGGGGAAGCGACAACCCUUGUGAUCCACAACGCGCGCGCGGCACGUCUCGCGUUGGGGCGGCCAUGUGUCAUCAGUGGCCGUGCGUGGCUGCCAGCCAGCUCCAACUCUGCGCACGCCGCGACCCUACUCAUGGUCGUAACAGUAUAUUAUGUGAUGAAGACUUUAUUGAUGCAAUUUUUAUGUAAUAUUGUUUUGUUUAAUGUAUAUACGUAUUUUAUUGUAAUCUAUUUUAAUAACAUAGACUAGUUUUUCCUAUAUUUGUAUUUUAAAUUUUAGUUAAUAGUAAUUAUUCAUUUUGUUUGUACAUAUGUAUAUAUUAAACAUUUUAAGUCCUGGAGUAUUUGACUACAUAUGGGAUCCACAGAACAAAAAUAAAAUAAAUAAACAAA